UCAACCAGUGUGGAGUGCGCGGAGCAGGCGAGUGGUCGUGUGACGUCAGAGCGCGUCGGUCGCACAACCAUACAGCGCAGCGAAUAUUGAAUAGAAGUAGUUGCGGUACCGUUGCUCGGCGUCGUCGUACAUUUUGUGCUAAUUUGUGUUUAUGUGCGAACUUUGACAAGGAACUUAACGUUUUGUGCUAUUUUAUUCUUCUACUGCGAUUCCAUGUGUGAGGGCUCUAUGGCGGUGGCGAGGGGUCUUUGCGCGCUGGUCGCCGCACUCUGCCUCGCCUCUCUCUGCAGCGCGGGACCUGUGGGCCCUCUUCCGAAUGUGACCAGCCUAGAUCUCGGCCUCAAGGAAGGGGGGUGCGCGGUUGGCGACGUGGUGUAUAUGCCUGGCGACGAGUUCGGCGGGGCGACCGCGUGCGAGCGGUGCCGGUGCGCACACGGCGGUGUGCUGUGCGAGCGUGAGCAGUGCCAGCCGCGGCCCGGCUGCAAGGCGCUGCACCGCCCCGACCACUGCUGCCCCACAUACCAGUGUGAGUGCGAGCAGGAGGGGCGGGUGUACGGCAACGGCGAGAAGCUGGUGGACCCGCAAGACCCGUGCCGCGUGUGCUACUGCCAGGGUGGCGAGGUGGUCUGCCGGCGCAUCGCGUGCUUCGUGCGUGACGACUGCUCGCCGCGCCGCGUGCCCGGCCGCUGCUGCCCCGAGUACGAUAACUGCCCGCUCAGAGGUGUUACAACGAUUUCUGGGAUUACACCGGCGGCGCCCAGUGUGUCCGCGCUGGGAGACCCGGCAGCCAGCGUCGAGCCAACGCCUAUUAAGGAACCCCUAAACCCGCCCAAAAAUGAAAUAACAAUCAAAGAAAUCACUCCCGUCUCUGAGAUACCAGUUAUUACUGAAGUGAAAAUAAAGGAGAUUCCGCCCUCGCUCGGUGUCGAUGAAUAUGUCUCGUCCAAGUCUCCGCUCAUACCGCGCGAGGCCACCUCCGAGAAAUCUGAAAUUGAUAACAUUGAAACACAGGAAAUGAGUAAUGAUGAAACAUCUGCAUCUUUCAAUACUUCCGCGCCCACGGAAGCGUCCAAAUCAGGUGAUGAAAGGGAUACCGCCGCGCAAGGCACCAACGACACCGCUCCCUCUAAGAUCAGUCUCUCGACACAGGAUUCGAUAAAUAACAACAUCUACACCGCCAGCUUGCCCAUAGCCGUCGCCACUGCGGGCUCGCCGUCGAUGUCAACUAAUGUAGCUUCGGUGCCUCCCAGCAAAUCUUCUGUGAUAGAGGAAGAAGAUACUUCCUUAUUCGAUCACAACCCUGCUUUCCCCCCGAUACCUGACGACUUGUCAGUGGCAGGAAAUCACGAGGAAGAAGUAUUCACGGAACAAAAUAUGGAUACUGAACACGUGUCCGUGGCUCAUGAAGUGAUGAAUGCCGCGAGCACAGCGGCCGCUGCGGAAACAGUUGCCGCGAAGGAAGCCGCCACCGCUGCUACAUCGAGCUUUACUUCCGAAGCGACCUCGGCCGCGUGGCCUAACCCUCGGGAAAUUUCUUCGGACGGGAGCAUCACCGAAUCGGAUGAAAGCGUCACUAUAGUUACAUCAAAAUCUAGGGAGAGUUCUAUGCUCAAUUUGCGGUCCGUUUUACCCACGGAGAUAUUAAAUGUUCCCUCUCAUACGGGGCUGUCAGUAGAGAUGAGCGACGGCACCGCGGCCCCGAGUACAGAGUCGCCAGUGACCAGUCAAGGCGCGGAGGAGGUCAGUGAAGCAAUUAACUUAAAUCCCGUCGAUGGCAUCCCUAUGAGCACAGACGAUCCCGAUUCCCUAGAGCUCGAAGCGGGCGGCAACACCACGGAAACAUCGGCGCGGGCGAGUGGAGGUAAUGUUCCGCAAGAACAAACCACUAGUUCCAUCUCAAAGUCAAACAUAGGCACGGAGGUUACGUCGCAGACGGAAUUGAGCUCCUUGCCAAUCGAAACUAGCGACCAAAAUCCCCACGACUCGUCUGAAAACAUAACUAAAGAUAGAUCAUCGAUGUCUACGGUUGAUCCCUUGAUGUUGGACGAUAGCUCUGCCAAACCUAAAACAGGACCGUCAUUCGUGGAAAAUCAAUCUUUUGAAAGCUUUGAAACGACGGAGAUCGGUUCCUUAGCUUUAGGUUCGCAAGAAACUGCAACCGCGGGCGUGGAAUCGAUUCAAUUAUUCUCCGACUCCGGAAAAAGCUCCGCUCUUAUCGAGCAACCGACUGGCAGGAAUAGCAAUGUAUUGACCGAUCUGAUCAAGAUAGUCGGCGACGUGGCCGCCAUCGGAGACCACACCGACUCGCCCGAACUCGAACAUCAAACUGCGAGUCCGACGACCAUUUCCGACUCCGAAGAAUUGAUACCAGUCAAUGCCGGUUACAAAAGUAAGAAUAAAAAUUGGAAUCUCAAUUCCAUAACCGAGGUGCCGUUCAAAUCUAAAGGAAGUAGCAAGCCUAAGGUCGUCGAGAUUGAAGAUGAGGACGACACCGAUACGAUAACAGACUCUCCGGUGCCCAACGAUAAAGUGGAGCCCACCACGCGACGGCCCAUCAUAGACAACGUAUCGGAUGAAAAAGCUGAAAACAAAACGGAGAAGAAAGAUAUAGAGAUCAUAACGCAGUCCUACGUGCCGACGUUAAAUAGGCGACCUACGAAGGUGAUCAUGAAGAAGAGCAACGAGCGAUCAGUAGGAGAGCGGCCCGGAGCUGGCGAGGUGACCACUGACGGCGGAGGCGACUCAUCAGAUGCCGCUAGCGAUGCAAGUGUCAACUCUGACACAACAGUUGCACCAAUGUCGGAGGCUGCUGCGACGGAGGCCACUACGCCGAGCGCCGCCGACAGCACGCCGAGCGCUACCGACAGUCCGCCGAGCGCUGCCGACAACCCGCCGAGCGCUGCCGACAGCACGCCGAGCGUUGCCGAGAGCACGCCGAGCGCUGCCGACAGCGCGUCUGGCGCGGACGGGCCGGUGCAGACGACGGACGCGUUCGGCCCCGCGCAGUGAGGACGCCGCGGGACUGUCGAUGGAACCUCAGCUCAGAAAAUUAGCAUUUCAUAGUGAAUAAGUUUCGUUCAUGAAACUAAGUUAAUGUAGAGACUAUUAGAUUUAAAGAGUUUAAAUUACCUUGUCGUAUUUAAACGUCGACUCAAUUCGACUUCUAGCUCUGAAAGAUCUCUUGGCUGGAUGUAUAUUUUUGAUUUCAGAGGCCAGGUUGUACCGGUCCGAUAUACUAGCUGGACAAAUUAUUUAUAGUUUAGAUGUAAUCAUACGAGAGACGCGAUCCCUUGGCGUCGUGUGUGUCGUGUGACACCGGGCGGAAGUUUUAUCGUUAGAUAAGUUAUUUAUUUUAGUGAGAAAUGUGAGUAAAACGAUUAGUAAGCAAGCAAGCUAGUCACAGGGAGCCGGCGCGCGCCGCCACUUGCCGCGCCGUCGCACCGCGCAGUCGCAGCUCCUGUAGCAUUCCGCAAAAUUAUAACUCGUGCUCAUUCUUUCACAAAUGCAACAAAAUUUGGUACAAAACGAAUUUGAUAUAAUCAAUUAUGAACCUUAUGAAUAUAGAUGUAGAUGGUUUAGAAUUAUAUGAAUGUUAUCGCACAUAGUCUACGUUAUUGCACAAAGUGGCUACUUGUAGCGGUAGGUGGGUGCGUGGCUCGGGCGCACAUCGUUUUAGAUCAUUCGUUUGUACGUGUCCUCGUCUAGAGACCGAUGCGGUUUCGACCAUUUUAUUAGUUUGUAUUGAUGUCGGCCAGCAGCAGCAGCAGCAGCAGUAGCAGCAGCAGCCUGCGCUGCGGUGACUGUAUCGCGUUACGCUCCAAGUGAGAUUCCUCAAAGUGCUCCUUCUUGCUCCGGAAGACCGUUUGAUUCUUUUCCCGGGCAAUAAGCGCAUCUGCUCAUUGUAUUAUUUAAUACUUAUUGUUUUUUUACAAAUAAAAGACAUUAGACUGAA